CUCAUCGGUAUCAAGCGAAAGCCCAGCUCUGCAUGCUUUAAAUACUCCCGGCCAGGCAGCGGCAGCGGGCACGAAGGAAGGUUCGGGCCCUUACCCCUUGCGGCCAAGGCCCACCCACGGCGCGGUGGUGAAACAAGCACUCAGCAUAUUCAAGUAUUCCGCAUCACAACCCGGCGGCCCCGGUGUACCAGUCCUGUCGGCAUUCCCGUCAUCUGCAGCUUACCCCGCAGUCCCUCUCGCACAGGAACCACUCAUCCCAAUGCGCUGUCAGCACCGGGGGUGCUCGAAUCUGGCGAGGUAUGGCCCGCUGGACUCUCCACCUCGCGCCUGUCAGUUGCAUAAGAGGGUGGGCCAGUUCACCACCGACCGCCACGGAGCACUGUUCAGAGCCACCCGUGAAGGAAACGCUUUCAGGGAACUGGCGGCAGCUACCGUCAAGUCUCCUCCGCCCUGCAGCAUCUUCAAAGGAAGUAGCGGCCGGUCCUCUUCUUCAUCCCAUCCUAUGCCGGGCAGAACCUCUGCCACUCGUGGAUGUGAGGCUCGGCCCGACUACGGCCUGCCGGGUGCAACGCGCGCCGUGUACUGCUUCUCCCAUAAGAAGGGUCCAAUGGUGCAACUCUUCAAGGAACCACCCAGCCUUCCGAACAAGGCUGGGCAAGCUGAGAGCGCUGCUGCCCCAGUGGUCACACGGAAAGCCACCACCGGUAAACGCAGCCAAGGUCCCGCUGCAGCAGCCGCAGCUGCUGCUGCAUCAGUUGGAGCAAAGAAAACCCGAGCGCCGAGUGACAUAGAUCGCAAUGGGUCAAAGAAAGCGCGACGAGGGCAACAGGAAACGGAGGAAGACAAUGACGCCGAUGUCUCAGGCACGCACAGAAGCAAAAAGAGGCGUUCGGGCGGAAAGGACGAACGGGGCGCGAUUUCCAGCGCCCAGGUGACAAAGGAAAACCUGACGAAAACGACCGCUAAGACUUCUGCACCGUCCCUCCCAUCUCCAGCUCCUGCCGCCGAAGCCAACCCCCCGUCUUCUCCCAAUAACCGGCUGGCCGACUCGUCGGGGAUGGCCCCAUCCGUAGAGUUUCUCGUACUUAGGCAGGCGAGGGAGGAUGCCAAGACGGAGGCCGAGGCCAGCGGCCUGGGGAGAAGACCCCGCGCGCCGUCACGGCGGGCCCUGGAAGCGGCGGGCCGGCUGAAGGGCACCGGUGCACAAUGGAUGAGUCGCGAGAAAAAGGCGGAGGAUCUGAGAGUCAAGGCGGAGCUGAGGCAGCAACGGAAGCAGUACCAGAAGGUGUCGCCAGAAGCUCUCUCAGCGCCUUAUUCAAAGCAGCAUGGUACGGGACAGAGGAAAGAAACUUCCGUAGGAAGAGGGCAGAAGCCUUCAAAGCAAGCCAGGUCCACCGCUGUAGCGGAGAGCGGUUAGCUCCAAGGCCUUCACAACGGUGUACGGUGCGGCAUGAGUGUUGGACUCUGCGUCGACCGACCGCGUGGCGGCGUGCUGCUGCUGCCGCCGCCGCCGAAUCCACCCGGAAUCGAGCCGGUAAGAAUGGUGCUAGCCAUCCAGGAUACGAGAAGCUGGUAGUGCUCUGUGGGAAACACUCGAGACACUAUGUUUUUUCAAUUGCGGGGAUAAGAGGCACGGGGGAAAGACCAAAUGCGAAAACCAAGAGUCUUAUAGAAAUGUACCAACGCCUUGAUUGAAACGUGAGAGCCGGAAUUGAAGGUGGAAAUUGGACGCCAGCGCUACAGAGUCGACAGCGACGGUCGGGCGAAGGGUUGAAAGAGCGGGUCAGUUUACUUGUUGUUCUCCGUGAAAACGAUGUGCUCGGUACUCGAGACAUGCGCUGAGAAAACAGCACUGUUGCGUGUUACUUUUUGGAGUUGUUCGCACACAGGUGCAUGCCCAUCAACGAAUGUCUUGUAUACCCCCUUUCAAUUGCGCUACUGGGCGCGCUCUUGCGGGGUGAGCAUAUGACGGGUUGGUUAGGGCUCGUCAGGACGCAGAGUUUGCAUGUGAAGUUUUUUUCUGCCCGGAGGAUGUUAUUCGUGGUGGCCAAAGUGUCGGGAGGUCGUAUGAGCUAGCGGCCGGUGGUAGCGCAAUUCUGGUUGUUGAGCGCCAAUUUCAAUUGUUCUCAGGAGCGUUCAUGUGCAAAUAAAUGUUGACGUACGUACAUGAAGUGCUUGUUCAACGCUAGGAGCUCGAAUUGGAAUCGUAGCGUGUUUCGCAGCGGCCAUGCCGCGUCGGUCUCCAGGUUGUAAGAAAGAAGCUGGUAUGUAGGUGUAUGUGCAACACACUGGACAUGUUUUUUUCGAUUGGAGGUGAACGCGGUGCCGGCCGAACUCAGUUGCAUGUUUGAGAAUGUCCAAGAGUGUACGUGGUGAUUAUCUUCUUGGACGAGAACGUGUUGCAGGCGUUUCGGUAAGGAAAAAGCUGGCCGUAUCAUUGCCGUAUUCGAGUGUUAGUCAUACCCACAAGAGGCGAGGCUCGGGGGCGGUACUGCCAACGAUGGUACUGCUGAUGGGAUUCACUCGAGAUACCCCACAGGAGUUUUUAGCCCUCUUUGCGGUCUAAACCAGUCAACCGACAGGAGGCGGCGUGGGCCUGCUUCUUGCAGUGUAGGGUCAUAAUGCAGGUGAGGCGUCAUGUGGCAUGCAACAGGACUCACUGUUUCGGCAUGUACGUGGCAACUGUCAACGGGGAGUUGGCUCACAGAGUGACCGUCACCUACCAUUGUUCGGACCAAGCAACACGUGGUUGGAAACACGCGCUCGCCCAUGCCGUCAGAUGUCCUUUUCGUGCGAGAGUCUGGAGGUUAAGUUAACGAUGGAGGCAAGGGCCCGUAGGAAAUAGGCUCGGCAAGGAAAAAGUAAUUUUGAGAUGAGGGAGCGACCGCGCUGCCACUGGGAAAUGUGCUCCGGAAAUCUUGAGCACACGGACGACACAAUGCACAACGC